AUGAAGCUGAGACGAUGCAUUAUACCUGGAGACGAUGAUGCUGAGACGAUGCGUGGUAUGCCUGGAGAUGAUGAAGCUGGGACAAUGCGUGCAAUACCUGGAGAUAGUAAAGUUAGGAUACCUGGAGACAAUGAUGCUGAGACGAUGCGUGGUAUACCUGGAGAUGAUGAAGCUGGGACAAUGCGUGCGAUACCUGGAGAUAGUAAAGUUAGAAUACCUGGAGAUGAUGAUGCUGAGACGAUGUGUGGUAUACCUGGAGAUGAUGAAGCUGGGACAAUGCGUGCGAUACCUGGAGACAAUGAUGCUGAGACGAUGCGUGGUAUACCUGGAGAUGACGAUGCUGAGACGAUGUGUGGUAUACAUGGAGACGAUGAAGCUGGGACAAUGCGUGCGAUACCUGGAAACGACGAUGCUGAGAUGAUGCGUGGUAUACCUGGAGAUGAAGAAGCUGGGACGAGCUAG